AUGUCUCUAUACGAGGAGGCUGCAGUUGAGUAUCGGUUGAGAGCCAUACAGGCUCUCAGCGAGGAAAUCAGGAAGAGUCAGGGACCUAAUUCCCUGCAUGAGGACGAGCAAGAUGCUAUUCUCGCCAUAAUCCAGAUUCUGCUCCUACACGACAUUGCCGAGACGGGUAUCUCUACCCAUGGUAUACACAUUACCGGGGCAAUGCUUGACAUCAUUCGUGCCUUUGCUGGUCCUGAACGGUUGUGCUUCUCUCAGGACAUUCGCGAAACCGUCGCCAGUGCCACCGAUGAAAAAUUUGAGCUAGUCAACGGAUGUCCCAGGGAGAUAUUCCUGGUUAUUGGAGCGGCCCUGGAAAAAGCAAAGGAAUACAAUCUCGGUUGGUUAUCGUGGGAUGAGUAUCAAGUUGCUUUGCAAUCAGCAAAGCACAAGCUCUACUCGUUCGACAGGACAGCUAGAACAUACCCCAGCUCUGAUCCUAGGUGGAUGUCCACAGCGGAGGCGUUUCAGUAUGCUUGCAUUCUGCGCAUUCUUCGAUUGUUAGACCCAUUACAGCAACCCCAAAGCAAUGAGAUACAGGAGUGCGUGGCAAGGAUCUUAGACGCUACUGCGAGAAUUCCCUCCGAUUGUUGCCUCCUUGAGCUGCUUGUUUUCCCCUUGUUCAUGGGUGGGUCGGAUGCGCUUUCUCCUCACUCCCAAUACUAUGUCAUCGCGCGCCUGAACGAGAUUGAGCGAAGGUCCGAGUUCCGCAAUCCGGUACCUCGAGAAUUGUUGGAGAAGGUCUGGGCCGCGAGAGCUGCGCAAGCCCCUGGCGAUGAUCAAAACAUCUCCUGGACCACCUUCGUAAGCGACCUACUGACUUUCAGUUCCCUUCCUUUCCACAGGCCUCUGACUGCAUACAGACUCAUUCACCCGAAUUGGCACAGCAGCAUGAUUAUUUGA